CCGCGCAGCGUGGGGACAUGUGACCGACUGCAGAGGCCGCGCUGCAUCCCGGCCCGGGCCGCCGCUACUGCGCAGGACGAGGGGACCCGUAAGCACCAAGCAAGGAGCACCGAGCGGGAAGCACCAAGCAGGGAGCACCAAGCGUGCAGCACCGAGUGGGCUGUACCGAGCCGGCCGCGGGUGCAGAGGCGGGGUCCCCAGCAUCCCGGAGAACCGAAACCGAAAGAGAGGGUCCGGUAGGGAAGGCGGAGCUGCAGCGGGUGCCGCCCCAGCUGUGCGCGGCCGGAGGACCAGGUGCACAGGCCACCAUGGCCCAGGAUGGCGUGGAGUUGGAAAAGAGCGUCAGGCGCCUCCGGGAGAAGUUUCAUGGAAAAGUGUCCCCCAAGAAAGCGGGAGCACUUAUGAGGAAAUUUGGCAGCGACCACACUGGAGUGGGGCGCUCUAUCGUGUACGGUGUCAAACAGAAAGAUGGACAGGAGUUGAGUAAUGACCUGGACGCCCAGGACCCACCGGAGGACAUGAAACAGGAUCGGGACAUCCAGGCAGUGGCCACCUCACUCCUGCCCCUGACAGAGGCCAACCUGCGCAUGUUUCAGCGAGCCCAGGAUGACCUCAUUCCUGCUGUGGACCGCCAGUUUGCCUGCUCGUCCUGUGACCAUGUGUGGUGGCGCCGGGUACCCCAAAGGAAGGAGGUCUCACGGUGUCGCCAGUGUCGUAAGCGAUACGAUCCGGUACCAAAUGACAAGAUGUGGGGCCUGGCUGAGUUCCACUGCCCAAAGUGUCGGCAUAACUUCCGGGGCUGGGCACAGAUGGGGUCCCAAUCACCAUGCUACGGGUGCGGCUUCCCGGUAUAUCCCACUCGGAUCCUCCCCCCACGCUGGGACCACAGCACAGAUAGGCGCAGCACCCACACCCACUCGUGCUCUGCUGCAGACUGCUACAACCGCAGAGAACCCCAUGUCCCCGGGACCUCCUGUGCACACCCAAAGAGCCGCAAACAGAACCACCUCCCCAAAGUCCUGCACCCCAGCACCCCACACAUCAGCAGUGGCUCCACAGUGGCCACAUGUCUGAGCCAGGGUGGCCUCCUGGAUGACCUGGACCAUCUCAUCCUCGAGGACCUGAAGGAGGAGGAGGAGGAAGACCAGGAGGAUGGCACGCCCCAGGAGUGACCAUGGCCAGUAUACACAGGAGCAAACCAGACACGGUGUGUGGAAACCUUGUGUUGCUAUAAGAUGGGAGUUCAAGACUAGAGAGAGACCCCCCCCCUCAAGACCUAAGGGGACAGACAGGAACACAGUCACAGCUGCACCAGCCGGGUGAGCAUGGCAGCCUUCUUUAGAGAGUACGCUCCCCCACGGAACUCGGCCCAGUAGACACCAUCCUGGUAGCGGCUCCGGUAGUGGCCCCCAUGGUGCCACACACCAUUGAGGUUAGAGUGGGCACAGGCGUGGUACCACCAACCACCACGAUGGUACAGUGCGCAGUUACCUGAGGGGAGAAGACAGUUGGUGUCCCCACCAAAUAAAAGUCUCUACCAGCACCUCUUUGUAGGCAUCCCUCUCCCAAUCAUACUGAAUAGAAGCCCUGAUCCUCCAUCUCCAUAUCAAAUAAAAGGCUCUGGCUUCUCACUUUCUUCUUCAGAGUAAUAUA